AUGUCAUGGCGGGCGUCCGAGACCCUGAUGGACACCAUCCGGCACUACGCCAAGUUCCCUGCGACUGGCGUGAGCCUGCGCCAGAUGGUCCAGUUUGGCGAUAAGCCGUCCACAGGAACUCUCUUCCGCGCUUCACAAUUCCUCGCCGAGGAGCUGCCCAUCCGCCUGGCGCAUCGCGUCGAGGAGCUCGAGACGCUGCCCGACGGGCUCAACGAGAUGCCGUCUGUGAAAAAGGUCAAGGAUUGGUACGCUCAGUCCUUUGAGUUUGGCAGCCGCGGCAGCUACGCGCAGCUGUCCGAGGCGACGCCGAACCCGUCCAUUGACGAGGGCGAUGCCUCGGGCUGGGGCGGCCUGCACGCUCACAACCACGGGCACGGCCACGGGCACGGCAACGGCAACGGCAAUGGGCACGGCAAGGCGCGAUCGGUCGCGCGGCGGUACUUUGCGACCGUCGACGACACGGGCGACUGGCCGCCCGAGCUGCAGCUCUACAACCAAAAGUUCGCGCAGACGCUGCACAAGAUCAAGCGGCGGCACGACAGCGUCGUCACGACCAUGGCGCAGGGCAUCCUCGAGUACAAGCGGCGCCGGCAGCGCAUGCAGAUCGACUCCAACAUCCAGUCCUUCCUCGACCGCUUCUACAUGUCGCGCAUCGGCAUCCGCAUGCUCAUCGGCCAGCACAUUGCCCUGACGGACCAGAGCCACCACCGCGACCCCACCUACGUCGGCAUCAUCUGCACAAAGACCAACGUCAAGGAGCUGGCCCAGGAGGCCAUUGAAAACGCCCGCUUCGUCUGCGAGGACCACUACGGCCUGUUCGAGGCGCCCCGCAUCCAGCUCGUCUGCAACCCCAGCAUCAACUUCAUGUACGUCCCCGGCCACCUGUCGCACAUGCUCUUCGAGACGCUCAAGAACUCGCUGCGCGCCGUCGUCGAGACCCACGGCAUGGACAAGCAGGAGUUCCCCGUCACAAAGGUCAUUGUCGCCGAGGGCAAGGAGGACAUUACCAUUAAGAUCUCCGACGAGGGCGGCGGCAUCCCCCGGAGCGCCAUCCCCUUGGUCUGGACCUACAUGUACACCACCGUCGACCGGACGCCCAAUCUCGAUCCGGACUUUGACAAGAGCGACUUCAAGGCGCCCAUGGCCGGAUUCGGGUACGGCUUGCCCAUUUCACGGCUGUACGCCCGGUACUUUGGCGGCGACUUGAAGCUCAUCAGCAUGGAGGGAUACGGCACAGACGUCUACCUCCACCUCAACCGCCUAUCCUCCUCCUCGGAACCCCUCCAAUAGCAAUUAAGCACCGCCCACGCAAAACAAUCCCCUUCCUACUCCUCCCAUCUCUCGUCGUCGCAAACGUCGUCAAUGACGACGACAAAGCCGCGGUCGCUCCUCGCCAUCCGCAGCAGGCUCAAGGACCCCGCCCGGCGAGAGGUCACCGAGCGCCGACAGGUCGGGGACGCGGAGGCGGUGGUCAAUGCGCCCCCGAGCAGCAGCUUCCUCCACGGGGAC